AUGAUUUUUUAUGGGUUUCAUGCUAUUAUUAUCAAUAUUUUUCUUGAAAGGAUAAAUAAGAAUGCAGUUUGCUAUAUUAAAACAUUUUUGGAAGUUAUUGAUAUCGGUGCGAAUGCACCAAUAACUAUUUUGUCAAUGACAAGAAAAAUUGAUCUUCAUAACAUACCUGCAAAUACAGUUAUUAAAGUCACAGGUGUCGGAAAACAUACUUCUCCAGAGUUUAUCGGGAAUGCGUUUUCAACAUUUGGAAAAAUUGUUUAUGUUCACAUUCCGAAAUUAGAUAGUGAAAGGAUCAAACCAUAUGCAUACAUUGCAUUUGCAACUCCUGCUGCAGCACAAAAUGCACUUGAUAAUGGCAAGAAAAUAUCUUUACUCGGCAACGAAUUUGUUUCACAUCCAUUUUCUCUUGAUGAAUUUCAACGAAAUGAUUUAAAUUCGACAUUUGAUGUCAAAAAGUUCGUUAUACGAGACAGAGAUGCUGAAUAUUCGAAUGAAAAGUUUGUUUCACCAAAACAUAUCGGAGCUUGCUAUGCAGAGAGGCCAGAUAGAGCCGACCCACUUAAUGAGCAUGAAUUCGACUUUGAUGUUGAAUUAGCAAGAAAGUCAAUUGUUAUGGAACGUGUUUAUCAUAUUUACAAUUUCGGUUUCGGCAUCAUCAAUAAAGAGGAUGGAAUACCUGAGAACAUAUUACCAAAAGUUCCUUAA